CAUGUUGCUUGACAGUUUGGAAAUCCAGCAAUAUAGUAAUUUGUGUUUAUGGUAUGUGCUCUUUGCCCUGAAACCCUGAGGGCAUGCUUAAAAAUGGACCCCUUAAAGGGGUUAUCAGGCUGUUUCUGACUUUUAAAAAAGAUCAUCACCAUCUUGAAAUAAGUGGGCUUUGUGCAACAUCUCCCCAAAGGUCAAUGGAGCAAGGCCCUUGUCUGAACAUGAAAAAGAAAGAAGUUUUUUUGGGAAAAUGACUGUAUUUUGAAAAUGCCCUCAUCCUCUCAUCCAAUGAAAUUGGUCAUCUGGGAAAUAUUAGCAGCAAUAGGUGAUCUCAGCUGCCACAAGGGGAUAAAGUGAAAAGGACUGGAAUAGAAUGAAAGAGAAGAACCCAUCAGAAUAGCAUUUAUUCAGUUAAUCUAUCCCAAUAUUUACUGGAAUGAAAUUCAUCAGGGCAUUUUUGUGGUGAUGCUCCCAGUAGCCUGGCCCCAACCCUGAAAGAGAGGAGGUCUACUCAGCAUGUCUCCAUUCAAGGGUCACACCAAGAAGAAUGUCAUUAUAGUAUUUCAGUCUAGAAGAUGAUGGGAAGAUGAGCUUUGCAUUUGACUGAAGAGGUCACGAUCUCCUUGGCAGUCAUGGAUGGGAAAACCACCAAGGAAUUAAUACAAGGCUAUGAUGAGACUGUUUUCCACGCUCUGCAGAUUCUCUAAGACCAUGCCAUGUCAUUUGCUGAAGAAGGGAGGGGAGAAAACUGAUAUUUCCUGUAUUUUACAAAUGGAGGAACUAAAGUCCACACAGGUUACUCCAGGCAGCAAAGCAGCACUGGCUAAUGUAUGUAUUGGAGAUGUUAUCUUGGCCAUUGAUGGAGAAAAUACCAGCAACAUGACUCAUUUGGAAGCCCAGAAUAAAAUCAAGAGCUGCAUAGAUGACAUAACCCUCACAGUGGGCAGGAGUGAACAUAAAAUCUGGUCUCCCCUUGUGACAGAGGAAGGGAAACGCCAUCCAUACAAAAUGAAUUUAGCUUCUGAACCCCAA